UGACACUUGUCAAGUUUGAUGUACACUUUAAAACUAUCCAUAAACAUUCUUUUAACUUUAGGAAAUCACUGCAAUUUCUCAGAAUGACAUCUAUAACUGAUCUGAGACUCGACGAGGAAAUAAUUAAUGUUAGUUUGGCUGAAGAGUACUUAAAGGAAAAUUCGGUAUUCCAUUCAAAGGGUUAUAGUGAUAAUGGAGAUGUUGAAUAUGAUAUAUGCAAAAACCAAAUAUAUCUUUCUGAUUAUACAAGACAAAUACCGACAUUUAAUACCCCAUCAACUUCUUUGGAUAACAAUUCAGUGAAAUAUUUGGACUUGGCAGAGAAGUUAACAAAAAAUAUAGAUUUAUUCUGUCAGCUUGAGUAUCUUUUAAGAAAGAAACCCAUUGCAGAAGUUAGAAAUUUCGAUAUGAAAUUACUAGAACAGAACCUAAUUUACCAAAGUUCAUUUAUAACAGCGGAGAAAUCUUACAUUUCAGAAAUAAUAAUGACUACAGAUGCGACCCUGGCUAGCCUUGGUUGCAUUGCCCAGUCAUCAGCUCCCACAAUCACUAUAUUGUCUACUAAGGAAAUUGCUGUGAUAUGUUCACUGUUUGUCAAACUUUGUCAUGAAGCUGGGCUUAAUAAUAUUAAUUUAAUUUUCAUGUCUAAUCCUACACCUGACACACCUUUGCAAUGUAUGAAUUUUUCAAAUAUGAAAGAACUUCGUACGGGUUGUGUGGGCAUUGUAACAGAAAAAUCCGAUAUUGACUCAGCUGUAGACACCUUCCUCUAUGCUACCAGCCAAUCUCCUUGGCAUUUCAAAAAGAUUUUCGUGCAAGAAUGUGCGCUGAGUCGGUUUAAGAAAGCCCUCGAGUGGAAGACUAAAAAGCCAUCCGGCGAUGUCGAAGAACAACUCGUAAAGUCUUGUACGUCGGUACAUGUUUAUGAGGACAAACUAUACCUCUUCGAGUUUGCAGGCGACGUCAACCACGUCAGCCCUAACUCGAUUAUAAUAGAAGCCUACAGAACCAACAAAGAGCUAAUGUCAAUAAUGGCAGCGAUUAAACCAUUUUGUGUCUCACUUUGGUCGAGUCACGUCGCUGAAUCGAACGAGAUCGCCUUAGGCCUUGAAACGAAUAUCGUAUGGAUUAAUGAUUACGGUUGUUUCGAAGGACCGCCCAUCACAUCGCAGGCUUUCUACUCCCUCUUACAUCGUCACAUGGACAAAUCAAGGAUGUCUACAUUCUCGGACGUUUUGAAAGUCAGAGAAACAUGGCUGAAAUCACAAAUGACGACGCGAUUGUUAAAAAUGUCCAAAGUUGCCGAUAAAUUUAAAACUAAUUUGACGGACGAAAAGUUUUUCAGAAUAAACUCUAAUAAUAGCAAUAUUAGUGUUGGAGAUAAACUUUGCAUAGCGAUACGAGAACCAGUGAAUGUUAUAGCCGUGAACAUAACGACAUGCCGAAAUGUUUACGAGCUCAUGGACUUUGUUGUAAACGGCGGCGCCGUGAUACUUAUCCUAAAAACGAAAACGCCAGAAAGAAAUGAAAUUGUUAAACUUUGUCAAGCACUGAAAGAUAUCGAAGCACCUGUAGUUUUGGUCGAUGACCAAGAUUAUAACCUGGACGAAACGUUUCAGGGCCAACUCAGGUAUAACACAAAAGUCGUUUGGUCCAGUAUUGGAACUAUAUUUGCGAAUUAAUAUUAUGGUCCGGCAGCUUAGCAAGUGUCAGUUGAUCAUGAUGACAUACUACAAAAAUGAACAGUGU